UGUCGCCUGGUUACAGUGAAGAGAGCCGGCAUUUUUACCACAGCAGCCGCAGAACCAACAGCUCGGUAGCAGCUGAUAUAGAGACCGGCGAGCAAGCGAGCAAGCGAGCCACCAGCCAACCACCAGCCAGCCACUAGCCAGCCACUGCACCCGCUAAAGCACCGUUGCCGGGAUGAAGAUCGAGAACGCCCUCGCGCUGCCCUGCCCCGCCCAGCAGGAGACGGCAGAGUCUCAGUCCGGGCUGGAGUUCACCAUAGCGACGGAGGAGGACUUCGCUGACAUCAUGAGCAUGAGCAAAGACAUCUACGGGGGGCUGGACUACCUGCCCACCCGCUACCAGUCCUGGAUGCAGGAGGAAUACCGGCACGUCGUACUGGCCCGCAAGCAGGGCAAAGUGAUAGCCCUCGAAUCGGUGUGCGUUAUCGACGAGGGAGAGACGGUACUGGUGGAGGGGCUCCGCGUCGCCCCCUCUGAGAGGGGGAAGGGCGUGGCCGGGGUCCUGCUCAAGUUCUGCUCCCAGUUCAUCAAGGCCCGGUACCCCGAGGUCAAGGUGACCCGGCUGACCCGGGACGACAAGCUGGGGCCCAAAGACUUCCAGAAGUACCGGCUCAUCACCAAGCAGGCUAUUCUGCUGGUGCGUUUCCGUGCAGAGGACCUGCAGCCCCGCCUCCUGCAGCUGCUGGCGGGGGGUCCCCUGGACUCCGAGUCCGGGCUGAGCCCCCCACCCGUGCUGCUGGAGCCCGGCGAGGCGCGUCGCCUGUUCCUGAGCCAGGGCGUGGUCGGAGGGGUGCUGCCGAACCGCACCAUCCUGCAGGACUGGCAGCCCUUCAAGCCACUGCCCAGCAACCUGGACAUCCUGCUGAAGAAGGAUGUGGACUGGAUGGUGGACAGCGCCAAGCAGCCCCGCGUGGCCAGCCUGUGCACCUUCCCCUUCCCCGUGCCCAUCGGGGACGACUGCUUCUAUCUCAACAUCGACGUCUUUGGCAAGGAGCUCGUCCCCGCGCGCAGGCAGGUCCUGGCCCACCUCCGCAGGCACACCGAGGCCCUCAGGGGCCACGUCAUGUGCCAGGUGUUUCUGGAGCCCGCCCUCUGGGAGCCCAUGGCGGAUUUGUGCAAGCGGGAGCUGGAGGUGGAGAGAGUGAAGGAGUACACGGAGCAGUGCGUGGUGGAGGCUGAUCUUCUGUGAGCAGGAAGGAAAGGAUGCCCUUAGAGAAGUUUUCUGCAGAGUUAACGAAGCACAGUGAGAGGCAGGGUGGGUAAACAUCAGGGGGGGUCUUGAGACUUUGUAUAGUUUCUAACACCACAUGCCCCCCCCGCCACCCCUUCCAUGGUUAUACUCUGCAUUUGCCAUGGUUUACCAUGUUUAUUAACAUGCUUUACCAUUCCUCGCUAUUCUUUACAUUCCCAGUAAAAGCACAGCACAGUGAGAGGACGGUGAAGCUUAUUCACAAACACGGCAAACCAGGGUAAACUAUGGUAAAUGUACAGUAUAACCAUGGAGGGCAAAAUUAGCAAAAAUACUGCGGUAAACUUUUAUAAGGGCAACAUGAGAGGGUGCUGUACAUUGAGAUUAAUAAUACAAAUAAUAAUAACGUAAACGACAAUAGACGUAAUAAGAGAAAUAAUAAAAUAAACAGAUAAAUGCAAUAUAUAUAAAUUAAAUGCGAAAGGUUCGCUCUCUUUUCUCUGGCGGCGUCUGCUCUGUUUUAAAAGCUCAUUCGGAAGAAUAUUUUCAGUCCCAUCCUGGGCGCCACAGUUUUACUGAUGGACGUUUUUUGCGUCUCGUUCUGCUUUGUUUUGACGUUCUCGUCUUCGAGUUUAGCAUAAAGAAAUUGCCUUGUUCCAUCUUUAUCCAGCUUCCUCACUUUAUAUCUAGAGGUAUGACUUCAUAUCUACAGGUAUGACUUUAUAUCUAGAGAUAUGACUUUAUAUCUACAGGUAUGACUUUAUAUCUACAGGUAUGACUUUAUAUCUACAGGUAUGACUUUAUAUCUAGAGAUAUGACUUUAUAUCUACAGGUAUGACUUUAUAUCUACAGGUGUGACUUUAUAUCUAGAGAUAUGACUUUAUAUCUACAGGUAUGACUUUAUAUCUAGAGAUAUGACUUUAUAUCUACAGGUAUGACUUUAUAUCUAGAGAUAUGACUUUAUAUCUACAGGUAUGACUUUAUAUCUACAGGUAUGACUUUAUAUCUAGAGAUAUGACUUUAUAUCAAGAGAUAUGACUUUAUAUCUACAGGUAUGACUUUAUAUCUAGAGAUAUGACUUUAGUACCUUUCAUCACAAAGGAUGCCAAGCGUUACACACACAAACACACACUGACACACACACACAAACACACACUGACACACACACACACAAACACACACUGACACACACACACACACACAUGCACUCACACUCACAUACUGAGACACAGACGCAGACUCACACAAAUGAACAAUUAAAACAAUUAAGUUAAAAACAGUCUACUACAAAAUGCUAUAAAACUGAAAUUUAAGAAGAGACAAAAAAUGAAAACUGAGCAUUCCCUGCCAUUUGAAACAGAGCAGCCAACCAAAAAAAUAAAAUCAGUUCAUAUUAAUAAUAAUAUAGCUAGAAUCCAGCCUGUACUUGCAACCGUCCUGAAUGUGUGUUAGCUUGUGAUACUACUACUACUACUACUACUACUACUACUACUACUACUAUUAAUAAUAAUAAUGAGGCUGAUGAUAACAUUCAUAUUUAUAAUAAUAUAUUUUAAAAAUAAAUCAAUGUUCAUUUUUGCAACCGGUAGAGUUAGCAAAGGAAGGAUCUCUCACGAUAAAAGGAAAGAAAAAAGAAAGAGCAAGAGAGGCUACAAUUCAUAGUGCAAGGUGUACUACAGAAACGUUCCAUCUUUACCUGUGAUUUGUUUUGUAACCCCACACCAUUAUAACCGUCAACCAGCAAGAUCCGAAUGAAAUCAAACGCCAUGGCGCUGCCGUAGCCACGCUUCAUAACGGCGCAGCGCCAUACAGUCCUGUGUUUAAAAAAAAAUAACACAAGAGAAAAAAAACCACAAAGAGAAAGAAACGCGCUCAGCCUUUGCACAGUUCUAUCAGUUACACCCGUUUUAGUUUUAUACUCCCUUGUAACACGCAGCCCCAAAACUGGAACCCAAACCAUCUCAGGCAAGCCGGGUUCGUUCAAACAGACUGAGUCUCGGUGUUUGAGUCCCGGUGUUUGAGUCUCGGUGUUUGAGUCCCGGUGCCUGAGUCCCGGUGCCUGAGUCCCGGUGCCUGAGUCCCGGUGCCUGUGUCCCGGGUUUGAGUCCUGGUGUUUGAGUCCCGGUGCCUGAGUCCCGGUGUUUGAGUCCCGGUGCCUGAGUCCCAGUGCCUGAGUCCCGGUGUUUGAGUCCCGGUGUUUGAGUCCCGGUGUUUGAGUCUCGGUGUUUGAGUCCCGGUGCCUGAGUCCCGGUGCCUGAGUCCCGGUGCCUGAGUCCCGGUGCCUGUGUCCCGGGUUUGAGUCCUGGUGUUUGAGUCCCGGUGCCUGAGUCCCGGUGUUUGAGUCCCGGUGCCUGAGUCCCAGUGCCUGAGUCCCGGUGUUUGAGUCCCGGUGUUUGAGUCCCGGUGCCUGAGUCCCGGUAUCUGAGUCCUGGUAUCUGUGUGUAAAACACAAUCCCGGGGGUUCAGUUAGUGAAACCGUUGGAAUAGCUGAAGACAUGCUUGAUGCGCCGCUGAGAGACGAGGUGUUACAUUAUUCAUUACAAAAUAUUUUACCUAAAGUGUUAGCCAUUGAAUUCUUCCACGGGAAAUACAAGAACGAUGGCGCGGAGAGUGAGACGAACGCGUUGUUAAAUCAUAAGAAUAUUCCAAUGAUGUUUCUGAAUACGAAGGAGGAAAAAUAGCCACGAUGCAAAAAGAAAAUCUCCUGAUUUUCCUAAACCCAUAAUACCAGCUUAAAAAGAGCGAAUGAGUGAAAGAAAGAAAGAAAG